GCACAGUAAGCAGUGAAAAUCCAAAAUGGGAAAGAUCAUCUUCUACGAGGACAGGAACUUCCAGGGCCGAUACUAUGAGUGUAGCAGCGACUGUGCUGACCUUCAAAGCUACUUCAGUCGUUGUAACUCCAUCCGGGUGGAGAGCGGCUGCUGGAUGGUCUAUGAGCGCCCCAACUACAUGGGCUAUCAGUACUUCCUGAAAAGAGGCGAGUAUCCUGACUACCAGCGCUGGAUGGGAUUCAAUGACUGUGUGCGCUCCUGCCGUGUUAUUCCCCAACACAGAGGAUCGUACAGAAUGAGAGUUUAUGAAAGGGAAAACUUUGGUGGUCAGAUGAUGGAGUUCAUGGAUGACUGCGAAUCUGUUCAGGAUCGCUUCCGUUAUCAAGACAUCCACUCCUGCAAUGUGAUGGAUGGCUACUGGAUCAUGUAUGAGCAGCCCCACUACAGAGGACGGCAGUAUUUCCUGAGGCCUGGCGAGUACAGGAGAUACACUGACUGGGGAGGCAUGAACCCUAGGAUUGGAUCCUUCAAGCAUAUCACAGAUUUCUGUUAA